AUGGUUUUAGUUCAGGACUUACUUAACCCAGAUCCGGCCUCCGAGGCCAGAAAGUACAAGUUAAAGACCUUGGUGCAAUCUCCAAGAUCUUACUUCAUGGAUGUGAAGUGCCCAGGUUGUUUGAAGAUCACGACAGUUUUCUCUCACGCCCAGACUCCUGUCUCCUGUGAUUCUUGUUCCACUGUUUUGUGCACCCCUACUGGUGGUAAGUGCAAAUUGACGGAAGGUUGUGCUUUUAGAAGAAAAAUACCGAGAGUAAUUACAAUAGCAGGGUCCGAUCCUAGCGGUGGUGCUGGAAUUGAGGCUGAUAUAAAGACCAUUAGCGUCUUGGGGUGCUAUGGUAUGACAUGCAUCGAUGGUAUCACGAUUCAGAACACAAAGGGAGUUUUUGGUAAAGAGCUUGCUGACUUUUCUACAAUAGAUACUAUUAUGACUUCGAAUUUUGACGAUAAUGAAGAGAUAGAUGCCAUCAAAGUGGGCAUGAUGACCGGCAGCGUUGUGCAGUGGUUCAGAGAGAGAUACGGUGAUUGUAACGUUAAGUAUUUGGUGGUUGAUCCCAUAAUAAGCUCUAGUUCUGGCUACAAUCUUGCCAAACAGAAUCUAAUAAAGGAUGCCGCUAUGCACAUUUAUUCUAAAGCCACUUUAUUGACACCUAAUUUUAGAGAAGCUUUACAAAUCAUGAAUAUACUUGGACACGAUACUUCCAAGUAUACUUCCGCUAAUGACCUUACUCAUUAUACUAACUUGGCCGAGGACAUAUCGGCCGCCACUCGCUGCCGUGCCGUCCUACUAAAAGGUGGUCAUAUGCCUCGUAUUGGUCAGAGUCAGAAUAAUAACACGAUUUGUGACAUCCUUUAUGAUUCAUCUAUGCCGAAAUCUUCUCAGAUUACUAUCUACAAGCAUUCAAGAAUAAUCAGAGGGAAGAAUACUCAUGGAACUGGAUGUACCUUGUCCUCUGCUAUUGCCAGCUACUUAAGUUUGGGACGCAACCUUCAAGACGCCGUGAAGCUGGCUACCUGUUAUGUUCACAAUGCGAUGAGAUUCGCUGACAGCAGCCUUGGCCAAGGGGUAGGACCACUUAAUCAUAUUUACGAUGUAUCAUGA